ACGAAAAAGAAGGAGAAAAAGAAAAGAGAACGGCUCUUCGAAUCUUUCAUGAAACCGAUAGUGAAUGUCGCGAAGGUGACGACAAGUUGAGUUGAACUGUCGAUGUGAUAUACUUUCGCAUUAUCAUUGCAGAUUACAGACAGCUCGAGGUUUUCGCAUCGUGUUCUUCGUUCUCACGAUGCAUCGACGAAGUGUGACAGAGGCGACAACGUUAACGGAAUUUGAGGAAAGCGUAUCCUUUGAUGCGGAUGAUCCUGACUUUGCGCCUAAGCCGAAUACAAUGCAAAACGUUCUCCGCAACGUGCAUUGCCUAGCUCUCGCGGAUGCCAAAAUCGACAUUAAUAAAGUUUCUUUGAAAUGAAACAAUCUUCU